AUGCUGAACUAUUUUGCAGUCCAGAGACAUCAUUCGUUUCCGCUUGUUCAUUAUCUAUCUAUCUAUCUAUCUAUCUAUCUAUCUAUCUAUCUAUGUAUCUCUUCUGUUCAUAUCUAUCUAUCUAUCUAUCUAUCUAUCUAUCUAUCUAUGUCUUCUGUUCAUUAUCUAUCUAUCUAUCUAUCUAUCUAUCUAUCUAUCUAUCUAUGUCUGUUUCACACACACACACAUAUGUCUGUGAAAAUCUAUCUAUCUAUCGAUUUAUCUAUGUCAUCCUGUUCAUCUCUCUCUCUCUCUCUCUCUCUCUCUCUCUUCUGUUCAUAUCUAUCUAUCUAUCUAUCUAUCUAUGUCUUCUGUUCAUUAUCUAUCUAUCUAUCUAUAUCUUCUGUCAAAAUCUAUCUCCUAUCUAUCUAUCUAUCUAUCUAUCUAUCUCUCUAUCUAUCUAUCUCUGUCCAUAUCUAUCUAUCUAUCUAUCUCUACUUCAGAAAGUUUGUUCAGUGGCGGUCGGGGAGACCUGAUAAAAAGCGCGCGCACCAGUUCAGUCAAGACAUUAAUCGGUUAGUUGAUGAUAAUAAAGAGAGUAGGGGGGGCAAGGGCGAAGAGGGGGUGAUUGGGGGCGGCGGAGAAAGGUUUUCGGAAGAGGUGAAAUGGGACACACAUCACUCACUUGUCAUUUCUUUGUGUCCAGCCUCAACAUGGCGAUUUUGA